AUGAAUCUUUUCUUGUUGGCUGUAGUUUUGGCGGCACUUUUGCCAAUUUGUUCUUCUUGCGGAUUUCUGGGAGGUGGCGGCGGCGGCUGCUGUAUGUCUUCUUGUGGCUGUGGAGGUCGCAAAAAACGGUAUUUUAUAUUUUUCAACGACUCAAAAGAAAAUUUUUCGAGCUGAAACUCAAGCUUUGACUUCAAACGUCAUGAAAUUCCAAAUUUCAGAUCAACCGAAGAAGCUUCCGAAUUUUCCGGCAUACAAAGUUCUGAUGAAGAUAUGCUGUGCAAUAGUCCGGACCUCAAAAAAUUGAUGACAACGGUGAUUUUCUUCUCCUAUUUCGAGUAAAAAUGAAAAAAACUUUGAGAAUAUGAGAAGCUCAGCCGUCGAAUCCAGCAAAAGCCUUCAAUUGGCGUUGGAAUAUGAAGAUUUGGGACGAUUUGUUGUCGUUUGCUCGCAGGUACAGAUCAAUAGAAGUGGACACUUGAGGGGCCACUUUUCGAAGCGGUAGAUCAGUAUCACUGGCUUCAGACAAAAAUUUCAAAAAGUUACAUUUUGGCCUCAAAAAGCUGGUCUCGAGAGAGUGGUCACUGAAGUGAUAUCUAGUAAAAGUUCUUUAUUAUCAAUCUUAAAAAUUCCUAGUUUUCGAGAAUAUCCAAUUCGAUUUUAAGUCACAACUCUCCAAAAACAGCGAUUUUUUGAGGCUGAAAUGCACUGAAUAUUGUUUGAGCACAUUAAAUUGACAUUCGGAAAAAAUUUAAAUGGUUUCUGAAGUAAUUUUUAGAAUUACCCCCUUGUGAGAAGUAUCUCCGAGUUUCUACUUAAGGGACCACUUGAACAUUUUCCCAGGCUAAUAAAUAUACAUUAAAAAGAUACAAAAAAAAUCAGUAAAUCGAUAAUUUACAGGCUCCCUUCGCCUACACGGUCAAGGCGGACACGGCCUAUUGUGGCGCCAGAAACGGAUCUCAUUAUUGUCAAGCUUUUGCGAUUUGA